CCCAUCCCUACACCGGCAUCAGACGAACUGUCUGACUCGGCUUUGGGUUGGGCUGAGAAUUUUUACUCGAAUACUGCAUACCAUCAUCACUUCUCCUCCUGCUAUUAUUAUCACUAUCACUAUCGCUAUCGCUAUCGUUAUCAACACUCCUCUGACUUUUUUGUACAUCACCACUCAAUAGCCAAGAAUUCCCUAAUUCAGAUAAUCAAUUGGCGCUCUUCGAUCCUAUCGACAAACUUUAAAGAAUGAUGUUGACUUCCUCGUCCUCCUCGUCCUCUUCCGGUUCCAACAGUCCUAUCUCUCAACAUCCUCAGGCAUAUUUCCCAUCCCUCCCUCGUCGGAGAGAGCCUGUAAAAUGCCCUCGCUACUACUCGACUCCAUUACAAUCUGAUUCCCCCGAAUCGACCCCCCCUCAAAUGUACGGCCUGGAACAGCGGGAGCCAUCGCUCUAUGGGGACAGACCCUCCACGCUCCUCCGUCGAUUCUCCCACGCCCUCGACGACAUUAAAGAAGACUUCUCCCUCCAGCUGGACCCACGCAACACCGCCGACAAGAUCCGCAGCAAGCGUCGCCAGUCCACCCUGAUGAUGAUGGACACCAGCGCCCCGGGUUCCCGCGCUGGCUCGCUCUCGGGAUCGGAGAGUCCAGCCGAAGCCCCUCGUGCCCGGCCCAUGUCAAUGAUGUCGACCGACAACAGCUUCAUGCCGCCGACGAGAAGAUUGAGCCGGAGACUGACAUUCUUCCGGAAGAACCGGCUUCGCGGCGGCCAGGCGGCGAGCAUCUCGCAGCCGAAUCUGAUCGGAUCGUCGACUCAGAUUUAAACAUCAAAAACACAACAUAUCAACGCCCCCAACCGAUUCGCAAUCGAUAAUCACCAGCCUACACUCCUUUUGCAUUCCACUACACACACUUUUUUAAUCGCAUCUCGGGCUUUAUUACAAGCAUUCAAAGCAUCAUUCCUUUCCAUUGGGACUUCUUGCGACUGUUUGACUGCAUUCUUCAUCGGAGUUUAGGAAAGGCGGGCGGUACCAUCCUUCGAUACCAUUUUAAUAUCCGGCCAAAAGUCAUUCCUUGGUAGCCUUUCCUUGUUGUUUUGUACACAUUACCUAUAUUCUUUCCUUAACCUUUGCAUUAGCUCGGUGUUGGGUGUCUGUAUAUACUCCAUGUCCUUUUUUUUUUUUUUUCUUUUUU